GUAAAGCACAACAUUUUAUACUGAGUUUCCUGCGCUUAUCUUCCUUGUUUACUCCGGUGGGUACGCUCAAUAUUGUCCACCGGGCCACACAUCACAUUUCCCUAUCAGAAGGGACAACAGGAAGUAUGCUGAGGGUUUUGAAAGAAUCAAAUCUCUAUCAAAAUUGGCACAAGAUCAUUGGUGACAAAUAUGCGUAUGCACUAUCUUACAACACUGAAUGGGUCCAUGAAUGCUCCCCGUCCUCCCCACUUAUUAGUAGUGGAAGCUUCAACACUGGAGGCUCAGGAGUAGAGUCCUCUGACCAAUGGGACCAGUGGGAACCAAUUGUCCAUGGGGUCUCAUCGGCCUACCAACACCUCAUGGUGGACCAACUCAUAGAGGACCUUGACUCCACCACAGGAGAUAUUCCAGUCACUGUCACCCCACAGACUGGCAAACAUGGUGGAAGCUUCCUCUGUAAAAGCCCAGAGGGAAAGCUCCCUGACUCCAACAAAUGGCAACCCCUGGCGCGCAGAUAUUUAACUGCCACCAUCCAACUCCUCCUGGCCAGGGAGGAUGUCAACAUCCCUACCUCAGAGAUUGAGCCAAACAGUGAUGCCCACUCUACUGAUAUUAAUUUAGCGGUCACCAAGGACUGCAGCAAAGUUUUGACUGAACCUGAUAAUGAUGACAAGCACUCUAUGGCCCUUGAUCAAGUGCAGAUCCAUAUUACUGAGGUGUCGUCCAAUGACAAGGAAUUCUCAACAUUCAAUUACAUUUAA